AUGGUCGAAAGCAAGGAAAUUUGUGCGUUCUUCUACGAGGAUCUCGGUGCAGGGAGCUACAAGUGCAAGGAGUGCAGUAUCUCGAGAAAGCAGCAGAUCGGCAGCUGCUAUUCCAACUUGAUGUCUCACAUCGCUACCAAGCACCCACACUACGAGGAGACGUACGCUGCGACAACUGGUGGUGGCGGGCUCGAGAGUUUUGGCUUCGUGUCGCAGGAGACGAACCAUCGCUUCCUGUGGUUGCAAUGGAUCGUCGAGCGCAAUCUGCCCAUCACUGAGGUAGACAACGAGCUCACACGCUCGAUGAGCAAAUGGCCGCCCGUUUCUUCCAAGACCUUGAAGAAGUGCAUGCACACAGUGGCAAAGAAUGUGGGGGCAGCCAUCGAACACGAGAUAGGCACCUCGUUUGGCCCCGUGCCUCAGCACCCCUCCAUUGCUGUGAAGAAGCAGCAUCUCCCACACAGCUUGGCGCUCUUCGUCGGUCGCUUCUGA